GUCAGAGAUUCCAGAAUCUUUUUUUGGAGAGAUGCUUACUUUGAAGGUUCUUGAUCUCUCUAGCACUGCUGUUGAGACUCUACCUACUUCCAUCUCUAAAUUGAAGAAUCUAUCUACCCUGCGGUUACAGCUUUGCAAGAAGUUAAAGUACUUGCCUUCCUUGGCAAACCUCAAAGGAUUGAAGAAGUUGGACUUGCACAGGGCAGGGAUUGAGGUGGUCCCACAAGGCAUGGGGAUGUUGAUAAGUCUUGAAUAUCUUGAUUUGUUAUUUUGUCCAAAUCUGAAAGAGAUUCCAACAGGAAUAUUACUUAACCUUUCCAGUCUCCAGUAUUUGGCUGUUUGUUUUUUGCGAGAAACUACAAUAGUGAGAAAUUUUGAAGAGGUUGCUAGACUGAAGAAGUUGGAGACUUUAGAAUGUAACUUUGAUGACAUACAAGACUUCAAUUCUUUUGUCAACAAGUUCAAAGAUUUCCAAAGGGCUAUUGCUUACAGUCUUCUAGUUGGGAGUGCAGAAGACAUGCUUAGAAAGAGCAAACAUGAGCUUGUAAUUAUUGAUUGCGAGAUCGGGGAAGAAUGUAUAGUGCUUCCAAAUAAGCUUGAAUAUUUGUGGAUAAUUAGGCUUAAAAACAUGGGAAGCAGCUUAAGCAAAAUAGCUCUGUUAGAAAAAGCAAAUGAGUUGAGGACAUGCGAUAUUAGCUCUUGUGAAGAGAUAGAGUGCGUGGUUGAGUUGGACUCAUCCUUCUCCUCCUCCUCCUCAUUGCGUUGUCCAGUAUUUGAUAAACUUGAAGAGCUGUCGCUUCGUGGAUUGCCUAGGUUGUGUGAACUUGUGAGAGUGGAAGGAGAAGCAACACCACCGCACGUCUUUUCCAAUCUUAAAAAGCUUUUUGUAGUGAACUGUUCGGGAAUAAGGAAGUUGCUGCCACUUGAGCUACUGCAUACCCUCCAAAACUUAGAGGAGAUUGUAGUUUUUUAUUGUCUUCAAAUGGAGGAGAUAAUAGCAUCAUUAGAUUCGGAUGCGACAUCAUCGGAUAAAUUCACUUUCACCUUUCCUAAGUUAAGGGAAUUGCACUUGUGGCACUUACCCCAAUUGAAGAGCAUCUGCAGUGCCAAAGGAGUUAUGGUUUGUAAUUCUAUUGAAACAAUUGAAAUAGAUGGAUGUUCGGAGUUAAAGAGGAUCCCUGUGCAACUUCCCCAACUUGAUAACGGCCAACCAUCUCCUCCUCUUCAUCUCAAAGAAAUCAAGAUACAAAAAGAGUCAAAAGAAUGGUGGGAAUCAGUGGAGUGGGAUCAUCCUAAUGCUAAGAACCUCCUUCAACCCUUCUUGAAAUAUAUUUAGAUAACCAUGGGAUUGAGGGUAAGGUGUUGAUCAAUUUACUACUAUUUAAUUCUAAUUUGAAUUUGCUUUGGUAAUAAUUUUUUGGGAAAUAAUUUGUUGUUGAAAAUUUGUUGAAAAUUUGGGAAAUAAUUUGUGUAGAUUGAAGUGAAGAGCUGCAAACUACAAAUGUAAAGCCACGUGCCACCUCAAUAACACAUGCCAAUAAAG